UUAUUAUAAAACGUUGAGAUGAAGUAAUAUAUUUGAAUUAAAUUAAAUAAUUCGUUUUUUUUUUAAAAAUAUAUUAAUGGAAAAUGGAACAAUCCAUCCGCAGUUUAUGGUCUUGUAUUCCUUAUAAAAAAUGUACCGACAUUAAAGUAAUAGCUUUUGGCAACGUUUUACUGAGUUAUACGGCCUAUUUGGAGGACACUAAACUAUUGGAUCGUUAUAAAUUAUCGAUGAAUACUGAAUGUGAAAUCGAUGAUGAAACACUAGCUGAAGUAACUGCUGAAGUCAUUGCAAAUAAAGAACAACAUGAGCCUAAACUAGGUGGAUCUGCUAUGAAUAUUGUUUGCAUUUUAAAAUCCUUGGGAACGAAUGCCUUAUUUUUUGGGGCUUGUGGAGAUGAUGCUCAAUGUGAAAUAAUGUAUGAACUGUUGAAAAACGCUAAUAUGGAUAGAUACCAAUUUAAACUACAAACUGUACCCGAUACUGCCACAGGACGUCGUAUAUCAUUGGUUCAUAAAGACUCAAAAGCUUUAUAUACAAAUAAUGGUGCUUCAGUUAAAUUUACAGGAGCUUAUUUGCAACAAGUCGAAAGGGAGGAGAACAGUUCAUUUCUUAGACCAUUAAAUCGCAAACAGAUUUUCUAUAUUGAAGGCUUUUUUGUGCCCAAAUGUGAAGCGGUCACCACUUUCAUUGUGCGUCAUUACCUUAAAGGUCGUCGUUAUUUGGCUCUGAAUUUAAGUGCAGAUUAUAUUGUGAGAGUCAAUUUUCCCCACAUGCUCUUCUUGGCCAACAACUCACUAUUCAUAUUUGGUAAUAGAGCUGAAUUCGAUGCUUUUCGUGAAUGUUGGGGUGCUAGUUGUAUAAAGGAGUUGGCUAUCGCAUUGGCAAAGGAAUCAAAAGUUCCCAAGAUCCUUGUCAUAACAAACGGUGCUGAAUAUGUUGAAAUGAUAACGAAUUAUGUUGAUGACAAAUCUGGACCUGGUAAUUUGACGUUCAAUUCGUUUCAUAUAACGCCAGCUGAAAACGUCUCGGAUACUACCGGUUGUGGCGAUGUAUUUGUUAGUGCUUUUCUCCAUGAAUGGUUGAAUAAAAGUUCUCUGAGUCAAUGCGCCCGUGUCGCCUGCUGUCUUGCAACGAAAUCAAUUCAAAGCAAUGGUCGUUGUUCAUAUCGGGAAUCAUUCACUUCAGUUUAGUUAUUAUCAUUGAGUUAAAAAUUGUUCUGGAUUUAACGAUAUAUCUACAUGCAUAUGUAAUUUAAACGUCUAAUAAAUAUAAAAACCCAAUAAGAUUUAGCAAAAAUGGGCUAGAUUUUAC